GCCGUCCCGCGGCCGUCAGGGGCCGAGUGCAAACCCGAGAGGCGUCAACCUUUCCCUGAGGGGCGGAUUCGGGCCGGAGCCGAGCGUUCGGUCGGAAACGCCCCCUUCUUCCACAGCCGGAGGUCGAGGUGCUGUACCGGGCCUGCGGCGUGGCGCCGCGCCGCCGUGGGACAUGGCCGGCUGUGGGGAGGGCAGCGCGGCGCCCGCGGUACUUCUGGGGUCCCCUGCAGUUUGCAGUAAGGGGUUGCAAAGGAAGGGGCCCUGUGAGCGGCGCCGGCUGAAGGCGGUGGUAUCGGAGCAGCUCAGCCAGGAUCUGCUCAGGCUCCUAAGGGAAGAAAUCCAUACAGAUGUUACUUUUUCUGUAGGUUGUACUUUGUUCAAAGCGCACAAAGCAGUCCUUUUAGCAAGGGUUCCUGAUUUCUAUUUUCAUACUAUUGGACAGACAUCUGAUAAUUUAACAAAUCAUGAGUCUAUUGCUGUGGAGAACUUUGAAGCUUCAGAAUUUAGAACAUUUUUACAGAUUGUAUAUUCAUCAAACAGAAGCAUAAAAAACUAUGAAGAGGAAAUUCUUAAAAAAAAGAUAGUGGAGAGGGGAGUACCACAAAAGACACACGACUUCAGUUUUGGAAAGUGCACUGACAAUGGUGGAAGAUCAUCUGUCGAGUUCUUAGAUAAAAAGUCACCUCAUUGUUCUCUUCUGAAGCAUGAAGUUCCAGAGGAUAUCAGUGAUGGAGAGAACAAUUUAAUUUCUACUGAUAAUUAUGACUUGGAUCCUGCAUCUGAAUUAGGAGAAGAUUUAUUGAAACUUUACGUGAAACAUUGUUGCCCAGAUAUUGAUAUUUAUGUUGAUGGAAAAAGUUUUAAAGCUCACAGGGCCAUUUUAAGUGCCAGAUCUAGUUAUUUUGCUGCAAUGCUGAGUGGCUGUUGGGCUGAAAGCUCCCAAGAGUACAUUACUCUUCAAGGUAUAAACCAUGUAGAAAUGAAUGUUAUGAUGCAUUUUAUAUAUGGAGGAAUUUUGGACUUUCCAGACAAAGCUAAUGUUGGUCAGAUACUCAAUAUGGCCGAUAUGUAUGGACUAGAAGGAUUAAAAGAAGUAGCAAUCUAUAUUUUAAGAAGAGAUUACUGUAAUUUCUUUCAGAAGCCGGUUUCCAGAAGGUUGGCGUCUGUAUUAGAAUGCCUGAUUAUUGCUCAUACAGUUGGAGUGGACAGUCUUUUUGCUGACUGCAUGAAAUGGAUUGUAAAGCAUUUUGCAAGGUUUUGGUCUGAGAGAAGUUUUGCAAAUGUACCUCCUGAGAUUCAGAAAAGUUGUCUUAAUAUGUUGAUUCAGUCUUUAAAUGAUGAGAAUGCUGCUUUUCUUCUGAUGGAAAGCGACAGGCUAAUCAUCAGUUUACCCAGAGUGAAGUGGACAGAAGUAGCACUGACUAUGGCAUCUCAGCUGCAAGAAGAAUGUAUUGCAUUUAUUAUAGAAAACUUCUCCACGAUCAUUCAAAGUGAAAAUUUUGCUCUUCUCUUGCAGUCACAAGCAAUGAGCAGCACAGCUGAUCUAUUGGACAAAAUUUUAAAAGCAAUUGAAGAAAAUAUUACCACUGAGAAUAGUUGCUCUCUUCUAAUGGCUUUGGACAUGUUACUGAACUCUGACAAUACAAAGGAAAUGGGUUUUACGUGCAAGAUCCAGGCUCUGCGUGAUAAGCUGUGGAUCUUCCUGGUUCAGUCUUUCUAUGCUGUUCGUCACACAGAAAGCUGGAAGCUGAUGAGCACAGAUGAUCAACAGAAAAUCCAAGCAGCUGCAUUUGACAAAGGUGAUGAUCGAAGACUUGGCAAAAAGCCUGUAUUCAGUAGUUCUCAGCAAAGGAGACAAGUUUCUGACUCUGGUGUUAUAAAAAACAAAUCUUGGAGAGGAAAUACCAAGGAUUGUUGGAGUUAUCCCUCUACUAAGCAAAAGAUGAAAUCUGAUGGAUUGGGAGCAUCUGGACAUUCAUCAAAUACUAAUAGAAAUACUGUAAAUAAAACUUUGAAACAUGAUGAUUUAAAGGAAAAGGGUGGUACAAAAGUAGCAUCUAAAGUUUCAAAAGAACUUAAAACUGGGGGGAAAAAUGUCUCUGGAAAGCCCAAAGCUGUAAUAAAGUCCCAAACAGAAAACAGUGAUAAUGCUAAGUCAGCAAAUGCGUCACCUAGACAAGCUGUGGAAAGAUCAGCAGCAGUGUCAGCAAAUGGACAGAAAAAUUCAUUAAAUGAGAAAGGAGUGAGAAAUCAGGAAGGGCACAUUACAGGUGCCAGACCCAAGGUACUCACUGGAACCUUAAACGUGCAAGCCAAAGCAAAGCCUUUGAAGAAAGUGACAGGAAAAGAUUCUCCAUGCCUCAGCAUUGCAGAGCCUGCCAGCAGAUCGACCAAUUCAAGUAUGGAAUUACUGAUUUCCACUGAAUGUCUGGAUGAACCAAAAGAAAAUGGAGCAGUAGGAGAAGAGAAGCCUUCUGGUGAUAAAUUGUCCUUUUGUGAACCUCCAGGACAGACAGUGAAAAACAAUGUGGAAAGUAUCAAAACUUCUUCUGUAGUAGUAAAAUCUCGACCUGUUUCAAAAGUUGCCAAUGGAACUUCAAAUAAAAAAAGCAUUCAAGAAGAAACUAAUAUAAAUAACAGUGGGCUAAAGAAGGUCACUAGCAAAGGAUAUAGUGAUCCAGUACCACAGGCUAUUAUAAAGAAAAAAGGAAAUGGCAAUGGAUGUGCUACAGCUCAACAGAGGACAAAAAAUGCCUCAUCUAAUCUUGCUAAAACUCAAGGAGAGUCACCAAAUUCAGUAAAAUCUUCAGUCUCUUCAAAGCAGUCUGAAGAAAAUGUGACAAAAUUGGACCUCAAUACAACUACAGAUAAACAAACACCUAAGAAAAAGAUUGUCAAGCAAGGACACACACCUUUGCCCAAGGUUAAUGCAAAAAUAGGGGCAAUGCCUAAAAACUUAAAUCAGUCUAAGAAAAGUGAAACUUUGAGUAAUAAAGAUUCAAAACAGAAAAUGCUUCCUGGACAGGUUAUAUUGAAAACUCAGCCUUCUCAAAGACCUUUAAAAAGUGAAACAUGUGUUGUCCAAAAAAGUAUGCUUCAUGAUGUACAUGAAAAUAAUAACAAGGAUGAUAUUUCUGAACAGAAGCCUCAUGAACCUCUAAUUAAUCUCACAUCAGAAAUCAGCAGUACAGAAGCUUUCCAGUCAUCAUGCAAACCUGAGCCACAAAAGCCAUUAAGCAACCAAGGGAAAGAGAAAUUAGUAUUAGAAUGCCAAAGUAUUUCAAAUCUGGAUAAAUCAAUAAAACAUGAACUGGAAUCAAAACAGACUGGUUCAGAUAAAAAUGAAGCAAAAUUUUCUGGCAAAGAAUCAGAUCAUCCCAACACAGCUAAAAUAUAUUGUCAUUUUGAUGGGAGUGCUAAUGUAGAUUCAAAAUUUUAUACCACCACUGCCCUAAAAUCCAUGAUUUCAAAUCCCAGUGAAAACUCUUUGAAUUCUAAUCCUGUUUGUGAUUUAGACUCAGCAAAUCCAAAGCAAAUCCAUUCAGUAUCAGACAGGGAAAAGCAAGGAGAGGAACAAGAUACAAAUAAAAAAUUAAGCAUUAAAUGUGUCAAAGAUGUUUUACCAUGUGUUCCUGGAAGGACAAAUGGCACCUUAAAUUCUGUCCAAGAUGACAGAAAAUCUAAAAUUCAUGUAGAAGAACAGAAAAUUCCUAGGCACUUAUCUGAUGAUUCUGGUAUGAGUGAAAUCAAACAUGCUACAGCAGACUCAGAUAUUUCCUCCAAGUGUGUUUUGGAACAUACAUCAGGAAAAAAUUCUCCUAAAGAUAUGGAAACAACAGAAACUCCAGAUAGCCAUGAAACUCCAGAAGUUCCAUUUAUGAGCCACUGGAAUUUGAGUACCAGUGGUCUGCAUCAGAGAGAGAGUCCUGAAUCUGAUACUGGCAGUGCUACCACAUCCUCUGAUGACAUAAAGCCCAGAUCUGAAGACUAUGAUGCUGGAGGGUCUCAGGAUGAUGAUGGGUCAAAUGACAGAGGUAUUUCUAAAUGUGGCACUAUGCUGUGCCAUGAUUUUCUUGGAAGAAGUAGUAGUGAUACCAGUACUCCUGAGGAAUUAAAAAUAUAUGAUAGUAACUUAAGAAUUGAAGUGAAAAUGAAAAAGCAAAGUAGUAAUGAUCUUUUCCAAGUCAAUUCAACAAGUGAUGAUGAGAUUCCUAGGAAAAGGCCAGAAAUUUGGUCUCGAUCUACAGUAGUCCACCCUAGAGAAAAAGAAAAUAUUCUACGAGGCAGCAUCCAGUUUGCUCAAGAAGUAGAUCAAGUUUCUUCCUCUGCAGAUGAAACAGAAGAUGAAAGAUCUGAAGCUGAAAAUGUUGGAGAAAAUUUCUCUACAUCUAACUCAGCUCCUCAGCAGUUUCAGGGAAUAAUUAAUUUAGCUUUUGAAGAUGCAACAGAAAAUGAAAGUCAUGAGUUUUCUGCAACUAAGAAUUUUAAAAGAUCAGUUUUACUUUCAGUAGAUGAAUGUGAAGAACUAGGAUCUGAUGAAGGGGAAGCCCAUACUCCCUUUCAGCCUUCUGUAGAUUCUCUUUCCCCUUCUGAUGUUUUUGAUGGCAUUUCUCAUGAACAUAACGGAAGGACCUGCUAUUCCAGGUAUACACAUGGAAGUGAAGGUAGUAUUUUAGAAUGUAAACAAGAUAAAGGCAAGAGUGUAUAUAAAAACGAAAGCUCUCUCUUGGGUCCCAGUAGCAUUGACUCAUCAAGAAAAGAUAAACAGAGUGCUUUAGCCACAGGAAAAAAGUACACAGUAGAUGUCUUGUCCAAAGGAGGCAGACAGCUUCUUCCAGAAGAUAAAAAAGUAAACAGUGGAAACGAUGUGGAUAAUGACUUUCAGCAACGCAGCAAACUCUCAGAUAGUGAUAUAAAAUCUCAAGAAAGACCGUGUCAUUUGGAGCUUCAUCAAAGAGAACCCAAUUCUGACAUACCAAAGAACAGCUCUACAAAAUUUCUAGACUCCUGUCGGAGUCAACUUCUGCCUCAGGAAGGUCAAGUGAAAGAGAACCAUUCUACUGCUACCAAAAAAGCUAAUAUUGCUUUAUCUGCAGGAGACAUAGAUGAUUGUGACACACUGGCACAAACCUACAUGUAUGACCAUCGGCCUUCAAAAACCCUCUCUCCAAUAUAUGAGAUGGAUGUAAUAGAAGCAUUUGAGCAGAAAAUGGAAUCAGAAACACAUGUUACAGACAUGGAUUUUGAAGAUGAUCAGCACUUUGCAGAACAAGAUUGGACACUAUUAAAGCAAUUGCUCUCUGAACAGGAUUCAAACUUAAAUAUUACGAAUUCUGUUCCUGAAGACUUAAAUUUAGCACAGUAUCUAAUCAACCAGACACUACUUUUAGCACGAGAUAGCUCAAAACCUCAGGGUAAAGCACAUGUUGACACUUUGAACAGAUGGAGUGAACUGACCUCUCCCCUUGAUGAUUCCUCAGCAAGCAUUACCAUGGCUAGUUUUUCCUCUGAAGAUUGUUCACCCCAAGGGGAAUGGACAAUUCUGGAACUGGAAACUCAACACUGAGAGUAUUAACACUUUGGAAAAUUUUGAACUAUGCCACCACUUUAUUUUUUGAUGCUUAUAUUAUAUCCAAAUAAUUGCAUUAGCCAGAGAUAGACUGUCCUUAAUAUUGAGGGAGUCUUUCUAAAUUUAUGGGGUAAACAUAAUUUAUUAUUAAUAUGAUAUCACAUAUAGGGAAAAGGUGUUUUUCUAAAAUUUGAGCAUGUUUUAUUAAUUAUUAGACAAAUUAGUAGACUUAUAAAGAAAACCUUCAGUUUUCCUUUCCUAACUGAUCAUUUGUUCACUUGUUUAUAAUUCAAGAAUUUAAAAUGUGAAUGCACAAGUAGAUCAGUCCCUUUACUUUUUGCUCUGCAUAUGGUAAUAAUAAUUUAAAAAUAAAAACUUAUUGUGCUUGUGUCAAUUUAUGUAGAGUUAAUCAGUGAGUAACAUUGAAACUCAGGGUGGUGUGAUUGAGCCUGAGAGCUAAAUAUUAGGAAAAAAACCCUUCACUUUCCCAACAGUGCAGGUCCAAGAAAUUGUGAAGUAAAUGCACCUCAAAUUUCAAUCAUAUUGAUACUGAAACGGAAAUAGAAUCCCUUGUAACUCUAUUUUUGGAGUAUUUCCAGAGAGAGACAUCUGCCCUUAUUCAAAAGAAGCAGGAGAACUGUCCAUUUGUUUCAUCUAUAUAGACUUUAUAGUUAGAUAAUUGCUCUUCAUUUUCUAUUCCAUAUUAGAGAUAUUUUGGAACUGUUCCAGCAAUAAGCCUGCACUAAAUACUAAUUGUAAAAUGGGUACAUGAGGCAAUCGAGUUACUGAGUUAAACUGUAUGUAUGUGUGUACAUACACACGUGUGUUUGCUUUCUCCACACAUCUAUAUGCUCUAGUUCCUUAUUUCCUUGAUCACAUUGUCUUUCAGUCUAUAAUUUUGGUAGCAAGGCAGAAAUAAUAAUCUUUUUUACAAAAUGGUACUGGAGAGCAAACACUUGGAUACCUACUUGAUCUAAGAGGACACUGCCCUUAGGAUGAUGAGAUUUAGUAGAAUUAGCCUCUCUCCUCAAAGCUAUAUAACUUACAUAUAACUUCUCUAAAAUAUGUCAAAAGUAAGGAAAACUUUUGGUUUAGAAUUCCUUUUUUAAAAUAACAGUUCUCAACAAAUUAACAAUAGAAUGAAUCUGUAUAUUGAAUAUCCACAUCAUAUUAAUGCACGAUCAUUUGUUAUUCUUGUAUAAUAACAUUAACAUUAGCCACUAACCUGUUAUACCAUAAAUUUGCUAUGCCUUUUUUAAAUUAGAAGCUCUGUAGGGGCACUCAUUCAUUCAGUCGAGAAACAGGCAUUGAUUCUAGGCACUAAGGUACAAAAAUAAAUAAGGUUUGAUUCCUGCUCCCCACUCAAAAAAAGAGUGUUUAGUUUCUAAUGAGGGGAAAAACCAUGUAAGAGAAAGGUUAAAAUAUAGAUUGUAAGAACAUUGUAUUUUCAAGCUGGAUGGGAAUUUAGAGAUUGGUCUAAUCCUUACAAAUUCUAAAGAAGAACUCUGAAGGCCAGAGGAGUUAAAAGAUUGCCCCCCCCCACCAAAAUAAAAAAGAUUGCCCAAGGUCCCACAGCUAAUUUAUGGACUAGAAUCUGAUAUUCCUUAAUUUUAAUAUGUUAUUUCUACCAUACAACACACUCAUUUGAUUUUUGUCAUAAAACCUGAAAAUAAAGUAUAUUUUAUAAUAUAAAGAAGUAAUGUAUGAUGGAGUCAGAAACAGUACAAAUUCCCAAGACAUUGUGUUAUUUCCUUUUCUCCAAAUGUGAAAUUGUUUUAUCUUAUUUUUAAUAAAUAGCUCAGAAGUUC